AGUGCCGUUCCAAUUUCCCAGCGCGCAUGGGCACCGCAGGGACGGAGUGAGCCGCCGCGUAUCCGUUGUAGGUAAUGUAAAGGGGGCUCUGCCGGUGUCACCAACAGCCGCCACCCGCACCGCAGAUGCCGUGAAGAGAGAGCGAUCCAGCUGCUGCUGUGCGUGGUGAUUGGUUGGAGUGGCUACAGUGGUGGAGGAGUGUUCCGCGAUUUGCCACGAAGGUGACGAGAGUCAACUACAGUCAUGCUCGCAUACCGGGCGAGAGCUCCCGCGCUGUUGGGGCAGCUGCUGAGAGGAGUGACCAGGAGACACGGCACAGCAUCCGCUACAGCUACUCAGGGAAAAUCUGAGGAUGGGAAGGCAGGGCAAGGCAAGGCCAAAGACUCGGCCCCGCUGUUCAGCUGGCGCGACGGGCUGUGCAUGGAGUCGCUGCUGACGGAGGAGGAGGUGAUGAUCCGAGAUUCGUUCCGCACGUACUGCCAGGACAAGCUCAUGCCGCGUGUGCUCAUGGCCAACCGCAACGAAGUGUUCGACCGGGAGAUCGUGUCAGAAAUGGGUGAGAUGGGAGUGCUGGGCCCAACGAUCAAAGGCUACGGCUGUGCGGGCGUCUCGUCCGUGGCGUACGGGCUGAUCGCGCGCGAGGUGGAGCGUGUGGACAGCGGCUACCGCUCCGUGAUGAGCGUGCAGUCCUCCCUCGUCAUGCACCCCAUCCACGCCUACGGCUCCGAGCAGCAGCGCCUCAAGUACCUGCCGCGGCUCGCGAAGGGAGAGAUCGUCGGUUGCUUCGGCCUCACGGAGCCGAAUCACGGCAGCGACCCGGGCGGAAUGGAGACGCGGGCGCGCUACAACGCCAGCAGCAACACCUACACGCUCACCGGCACCAAGACGUGGAUCACCAACUCGCCAAUCGCCGACGUCUUUGUGGUUUGGGCCAAGACGCAAGAGGAUGGGCGGGUGAGAGGCUUCGUGCUGGAACGCGGCAUGGCGGGCCUAUCGGCGCCGAAAAUCAACGGCAAAUUCUCCCUGCGAGCGUCGGUCACCGGCAUGAUCGUCAUGGAGGACGUCGAGGUCCCGGCCGAGAACCUCCUGCCCGGCGUGUCGGGGCUCGCGGGCCCCUUCGGCUGCCUCAACAAUGCUCGCUACGGGAUCGCGUGGGGGGCUCUGGGCGCCGCCGAGUUCUGCUUCCACACGGCGCGGCAGUACACGCUGGACCGCAUGCAGUUCGGCGUGCCGCUGGCGAGGAACCAGCUGGUGCAGAAGAAGCUGGCCGACAUGAUCACGGAGAUCUCGCUGGGCCUGCAGGCCUGCGUACAGCUGGGACGGCUCAAGGACCAGGGCCUGGCGGCACCGGAGAUGAUCUCGAUGCUGAAGAGGAACUCGUGUGGCAAGUCGCUGGAUAUCGCCCGCACAGCACGUGACAUGCUGGGCGGCAACGGCAUUGCUGACGAGUACCACGUCAUCCGACACGUCCUCAACCUGGAGGCCGUCAACACCUACGAAGGAACGCACGACAUCCACGCGCUCAUCCUGGGCCGCGCCAUCACGGGCCUGCAGUCCUUCACCGUCGGAAAGUGACGCGCCCCACAGCACGAGCAGUGCCAUCGCCAGCACCACCAGCAGCAGCAGCAGCACCACCACCAGCAGCACCAGACAAUCGAAUGCUUCGCUGUUGUGUGUCGAUGAUUCUGUGCAGGCCCCGGCUGCAACUACUCCACCCCCAUCCUCCGCGCUCGGUAAUUUUUGCACAAGCGGCAAGUGCUGCUGCUGCAGCCGCUUUAACCGCUGGUGUCGACACGACAGAAAGGACGCAGGCCUUGCACCCACAGCUGCCGUAGAGGUCUAAAGUCUCGUUUAACAAAAACUUAAACUGGUCCCGCAAACAAUAACAGCCAAGUGAAAUAAGCAUCUGCACUUUAGCUCGUGGUUGAAAUCCCACAUUCCUAUGGUCGAGGACGAGUUUAUCCAUAGGACAACAACUGAUGACAUCCCCACAAAGAAGUUGGAGAGAUGGGUCGUGUGAACCCCCCACCCCCCUCUCAAUCAGGAUUUGAACUCGCGAUUCCCGCAAGCGAGCGGACUGGCUCUGGCGUGGAGCCACGGGGUCGGUCGCGAUGGCUUUGCGAUGCUUGAACGCGGCCAAUGCCGUGACCGCACUCGCGCCACGGUCCUGCGCGGCAAUGCCCACGCUAAUAAUGAUGUCGGACAAGUGAGAUGCGUCAUCACAAGAGACGGGGCCCGUUUGUGUGCCGUCCUUCCACAGUUGUUGCCGCGCGAUCAGCGCGGUUCAUUUUGCCUUCUGUGCCAGACGGCCGCUGCGUCCAACGCUGUCCGUGCGUUGCUUGGGUCACGUUUUAAACUCUUCGCCGUUACCUUCGCAAAACCUCGAGUUUCAAACUGCGCACAGUCGUUGGAAAAAACGCGGCGACGCAAAAAAACACACAUCGGCAUUUCCCCAAGUGCAAAGUGAGGACCAUUGCAAGUCAGUAAUUGCUGAUGGUUUUUGCGAAUGCAAAAAAAGUCUGUGUGGUAUUUAAGGCGUUUUCCAUUUUGUUUGGUACAUGUGCUUUUACAGCAGCCCAGGAUUUUUCUCGUAAUUUACAGAUGUGUUGCCCAACCUUGGUGGAGAUGGCGACAUGCAUUGUUCCCCUAAAAGGGAAUGGUGCUCCAAGACCCGAGUGAUUUUGCUCUACUUUUCAGCCCACGCAUUUUUGUUUCACUUUGGGAAAAUCCGCGAUGCUUUUCUCCCCAACGAGAGGCAUGGGGAUUCGACGCGGAGGUGUUGAUUAAACGUGGUCACGGCACAAUGGGUCGCGAGCUACAAUCCUUUCCCGUGCCAAGCUGCGUGGGAUAACCCCCGCCGGUGGUCGAGACGCGUUUGUACCGUGUAGAAUUGCACCAAAUAAACGCUGCACUUUCA